UCUUAAUUAACCAUAAGGACGGCCAAUGGAAGGCUGGCCAGCAAGAUCCAAGAAAAAUACAAAAAUCAAGCAUUGCAAGUCCCUCCCAUAAGAAAGAGUAAAUGAUGGUGAAAAGUUUGAGAGGUGAUGAACAAAGAAGGCAUUGUUUCAGAAAGAGACACUCUGUGAGUAGCUUUAUCUUAUAGGGUCAUACUAAAACUUGAUUUUUCCAAGAUGCCUGUUAUUGCUUGUUAGCAUCAACAGUUUUUUAUAUGUUGGUGCUAUAUAUUAGAUUAGAUGAUAUGGGUUGUUUCUUGAAGUUUGUGUCUUAGUAGAAAUGAUUUUUCUGCAAUAAUGAAAGUAACAAAAACUUGUGAACGAGCAGCAAUUACUAUGCAGAAGCCAUUUAGAAGAAGGAAGGCGAAGAUACGAUGGAGCAAACUAUACUCGUUUUCUUGUUUUCGACCUCAGACAAGAGAUCCUGCUCCUGCACAGGAUCAGAUUGGUCAGCCUGGAUUUUCUUGGUUGGUUUUCUGCAACGAACCACAGCUUCACAAGAAGAAGCCUUACAAGCAUCCAAGCAACUCGGUAUCCACAACCAAGUACAAUGUUUUAACUUUUCUUCCCAAAGCACUUUUCGAGCAGUUUCGUAGAGUUGCCAAUCUUUAUUUUCUCUUGGCUGCUGCACUAUCUCUCACUUCUUCAACUCCUGUUCAACCUGUAACAAUGAUCGCUCCACUGAUUAUUGUGGUAGGGAUAAGCAUGCUUAAAGAAGCUUUCGAGGAUUGGUAUAGGUUCUUGCAGGAUUUGAAUGUGAACAAUCGAAUAGUAAAAGCUCAUGCAGGAAAUGGGAUAUUUGUUGAGAAAGUCUGGAAACAACUUUCUGUAGGAGAUGUUGUCAAAGUUAAUAAGAAUGAAUAUUUUCCAAGUGAUCUUCUACUGCUAUCUUCCAGCUAUGACGAUGGUAUUUGCUAUGUAGAGACAAUGAAUCUUGAUGGAGAAACGAAUCUGAAAAUAAAGAGAUCCUUGGAAGCAACUAUUCAAUUGAAUCAGAAUGAAGAAUUUAGUAAAUUCAAAGCUACUGUCAGGUGUGAGGAUCCCAAUCCUAGCCUUUACACCUUUGUUGGGAACGUAGAGUUUGAAGAUGAAACUUAUCCUUUAUGUCCUUCUCAAAUUCUUCUAAGAGAUUCCAAACUUCGAAACACAGAUUAUGCCUAUGGAGUUGUGAUCUUCAGUGGCCAUGACACUAAAGCAGUAAGGAAUUCAACAAAGGCACCAUCUAAACGAAGCCGGAUUGAGAGAAAGAUGGACAAAGUCAUCUAUCUUUUAUUCUCAAUGCUCCUUCUAAUCUCCCUCAUUACUUCUAUUGGAUCUGCACUGGUUACGAAAUCUAAUAUGUUUAGUUGGUGGUACCUUCUUUUGGAAGUUAAAGAUCCACUCUUUGAUCCAAGGAAGCCAGUAAAAUCAGGUGGUCUACAGUUCAUAAGGGCCUUCAUAUUGUACGGCUACUUGAUUCCCAUUUCUCUCUAUGUUUCCAUUGAAGUUGUCAAAGUUCUACAAGCUAUGUUCAUUAACAAGGACAUAAAAUUGUAUGAUGAAGUGACCUGCAAGUCAGUCCAAGCUCGAACUUCGAAUUUAAAUGAAGAACUUGGUCAAGUAGAAAUGAUUCUAUCGGAUAAAACUGGAACCUUGACAUGUAACCAGAUGGAAUUUCGGAAAUGCUCCAUUGCAGGAAUUUCAUAUGGAGGUGACAUAAAUGAGGUUGAUCUUGCUGCAUCAAAUCGAAUAAAUGCUGAUGUUGAGGCAUAUCGAUUUAGUACUGAUAAAUCUGAUGCAAUAAGCCAAACUUUUGAAAUGUUUGAGUUUUCUAUAGCUGAUGUUAGCAUCCAAAAGGCUGUUCUGGAGGGGCGAGAUGAUGCAGAUUAUUUGAUUCCAAGAAACUCAAGAAUCUCCAAUUUGGGAAAAGAAGCUGCCGUAAGAGGUUUCAACUUCCAGGAUGACAGGUUAAUGAACAACCAAUGGAUUUACAGAUCUGCUCUGUUCGAUUUAACAAUGUUUUUCAGAGUCAUGGCUUUAUGCCAUACAGGCAUUCCUGUUGAAGAUGAUGAGAUUGGUAAGCUUAAAUAUGAGGCAGAGUCACCAGAAGAGAUAGCAUUUCUGAUUGCAUCACAAGAAUUUGGAUUCCAAUUUUGUCGACGGACGCAAUCCUUAUUGAUCCUUAACGAGCUUGACCCUUUCUCAGGAAACAAGGUAAAAAGGGAGUACAAGCUGUUGAAUCUGCUGGAAUUCAGUAGUUCUCGAAAGAGAAUGUCAGUAGUAGUAAGCAAUGAUGAUGGUCAAAUCUUUCUUCUCUGCAAAGGUGCAGAUAGCAUCAUCUUUGAUAGGCUUGCAGAAAAUGGUAGGGCAUACCAGCAGGCAACAACUUCACACCUUUCAAGUUAUGCUGAAGACGGUCUGCGGACUCUAGCAUUUGCUUAUAGAACAGUUAAUCAGGCUGACUACGAAAACUGGAACUUAAUAUUUACGCAGGCAAAGACUGCAAUAGGUCCUGAAAGAGAAGAAUUACUUGAGAAAGCAUCUGAGAUGAUCGAAAAAGAUUUAAUUUUAUUAGGAGUCGCUGCUGUCGAGGACAAGUUACAGGAAGGGGUUCCCCAGUGCAUAGAUAAAAUUGCUCAAGCAGGGAUAAAAAUAUGGCUGCUCACCGGUGACAAGAAAGAAACUGCAAUAAAUAUUGGAUUCGCUUGCAGCUUACUCCGACACGACAUGAAACAAUUCCAUAUAUGUUUGUGCAAGGGAGCUGACUCUAACAACCAACUGCAGACUAUAAAAGAAGACAUUUUAUAUCAAAUUGAAAGUUCAUAUCAAGUAAUGUGCAAUGAUAGCAAUAAAAUGGCACCCUAUGCUUUGGUGGUCGAGGGAUGUGCUCUUGAAAUUGCUUUGCUACAAGAUAUUAAGGACAGCUUCUUACAGUUGGCUGCUAAUUGUGCUUCGGUUAUUUGCUGCCGCGUAUCCCCGAAACAGAAAGCUUUGAUUACACGAUCAGUAAAGAAGUAUACUGGUAGCACAAUCCUGGCAAUUGGAGAUGGGGCAAAUGAUGUUGGCAUGAUUCAGGAAGCUGACAUUGGAGUUGGAAUUAGUGGCCAAGAAGGCAUGCAAGCAGUCAUGGCAAGUGACUUUUCACUGCCCCAAUUUCGAUUCUUGGAAAGAUUGCUGAUAGUACAUGGGCAUUGGUGUUACAAGAGAAUAUCCAAGAUGAUUCUCUACUUUGUGUACAAGAACAUUGCGUUCGGCCUUACUAUCUUCUUCUACGAAUUAUACACAAGUUUCUCCGGCGAAGUAGUAUAUGAUGGUUGGUAUCUGGUGAUAUAUAAUCUCUUCCUGACAUCUUUGCCUGUGAUAUCACUAGGAGUAGUUGAGCAAGACGUUUUGCCAGAUGUAUGCCUCCAGUUUCCAGCGCUUUAUAAGCAAGGUCAAGAAAAUAUAUAUUUCUCAUGGAGCCGUAUAGUUGGGUGGAUAUUGAAUGGCACCAUUGCUUCUUUGCUCAUAUUCCUUGCAAAUUUAUACACACUUUCCCCUUCUGCAUUAAGAGAACAAGGAAAUGUUGCAGACAUCACUCAUUUUGGUGCUAUAAUGUAUACAUGCAUAAUAUGGACCGUUAACUGCCAAAUUGCUCUCAUUAUCACUCACUUCACUUGGAUCCAACAUCUUUUUAUAUGGGGAAGCAUCUUGUUAUGGUACAUUUUCUUGCUUGUAUAUGGAGCACUCCCUCCUGCCCAUUCUGAUAGAGGAUUUCGUAUCAUUGUUGAAUCUAUUGGAUCAACACCACUAUAUUGGUUACUUACACUGCUCGUUGUAGUUGUUUCACUGCUGCCCUACUUCAUACAUAUUGUUGUUCAACGUUCAUUCUACCCAAUGGAUGAUCAUGUAAUUCAAGAAAUGAAGCAUUGCAGAAAAGAUGUUUCAGGGAAUCAGAUGUGGUUCAGGGAACAGCUCAAUGCCCAAAAGAUGACUCAAAUUGGGUUUUCUGCAAGAGUUGAAGCCAAAAUUUGGUCAUUCAAAGAAGAGCUUGCAUCAAAAGAAAACGUCAAUUUGUAGAUCUGUCACCAGCAGCCCAAUUUAUAAGUCUUUGGGAAGCAAUUAAUUUUUCUAAGAAUCUGUACGGACUACUUGAUUACUUGGUUUUUAUAUUAAUUCUUUUAUUGUCA